AUGUUGCGUUUGGAGUUUGGACCCGGUUGGUCGUCUCAAGACUCACUCUUGCGUUUCACCUUUUCUGUUAUGCACUCCUGCUCAGUGUGGGCAACCGGAGCGGCAAAGCUAAAAAGCUACGGGGCCUUAUGAACUAUAAAGGUCCUAUCAGUGGGGUUUCUUGACUGGAAUCGUUUCUAGGUUGCCUCUCCGACUUUCCACGGCUGCAGCUUGUCUGCUGCUUCGUUUACCACCUCCAAGUUUCUUCCAAGUUCUCCUUCGCACUUCGUCGUGAUGAGUCGUCAUCCAGAAGUUCUUUGGGCACAGCGUUCUGAUAAGGUUUACCUCACUAUUGCUUUGCCUGAUGCAAAGAAUGUCUCGGUGAAAAGUGAACCUCAGGGGUUGUUUAGUUUCUCUGCUGUUGGUCCACAAGGUGAAUCAUUUGACGUAAGUCUGGAACUGUAUGGGACAAUUGUUCCUGAGGGUAGUAAAGUUAAUGUUGGACUCAGAAACAUACUUUGCUCAAUCCAGAAAGAGCAGAAGGGCUGGUGGAAGAGACUGUUAAGGUCUGAUGAAAAACCUGCUCCUUACAUCAAGGUUGAUUGGAACAAGUGGUGUGAUGAGGAUGAAGAAGAGUCAAUCAAAUCUGACCUUGCCUCGGAUGAUGAUCGCACUGCGGAAAUUGGAGACGAUGAGAGCAGUGAUGAUGAUGGAAUGCUCUAUCUUCCUGACUUGGAGAAGGCUAGCCGCUAAAAGCAAGUAGCAAAGACCCAGAACUAACCAAUACCCCUGGAAUCAAGCACAACCUUUUUCAUAUACGCCUUUCUGAAUUUGAAAUGUGGAAAACAGGAAAUUUGACUUUGAGAGUUUGUUGUAUGUACAUGAUCUAUCUUUGUCAGGAGCUUACACUUGGGAACUAGGGCAUUACCACAUUAGCUUUCUCUUGGAUCAUUGAAUCCUUAACCAUGAUAAACUUAACUGCUACAAUGCUACACUGAAUGUAUGUUGCUUGAAUUUCCAAUCACAAAACCAUUUUGGCCA